GUAACCAGGAGCCAGCAGCAACUCCUGAUGCAAUGGUGCAGCCAUUCACCACAAUCCCAUUUCCGCCACCCCCACAGAACGGGAUUCCCACAGAGUACGGGGUGCCACACACUCAGGACUAUGCAGGCCAGACCAGCGAGCACAAUCUGACGCUCUACGGAAGCACGCAGCCGCAUGGAGAGCAGAGCACGAACACGGCCAGCACGCAGAACGGAUCUCUUGCACAGACAGAAGGAGGGGCACAGACAGAUGGACAGCAAUCACAGACACAGAGCAGUGAGAAUACUGAGAGCAAAUCCACUCCAAAACGACUUCAUGUGUCUAACAUUCCCUUCCGCUUUCGAGAUCCUGACCUUCGGCAGAUGUUUGGGCAAUUCGGCAAAAUCCUUGAUGUAGAGAUAAUCUUUAAUGAGCGUGGCUCGAAGGGAUUCGGGUUCGUAACUUUCGAGAAUAGUGCUGAUGCAGACAGGGCCAGGGAGAAAUUACACGGCACCGUGGUAGAGGGCCGUAAAAUCGAGGUUAACAACGCUACUGCGCGAGUGAUGACCAAUAAGAAGAUGGUCACACCUUAUGCAAAUGGUUGGAAGUUGAGUCCUGUGGUUGGAGCGGUGUACGGCCCUGAGUUAUAUGCAGCGUCCAGCUUUCAAGCAGAUGUCUCGCUGGGCAAUGACGCCGCAGUGCCCCUGUCAGGAAGGGGGGGUAUUAACACUUACAUUCCUUUAAUCAUUCCAGGCUUCCCCUAUCCAACUGCAGCCACCACAGCAGCCGCGUUUCGGGGAGCCCAUCUGAGGGGCCGAGGAAGGACAGUGUAUGGGGCAGUCCGGGCAGUACCUCCCACAGCCAUCCCUGCCUACCCAGGUGUGGUUUACCAGGACGGAUUUUACGGUGCUGACCUCUAUGGUGGAUACGCAGCCUACAGAUAUGCACAGCCUGCUACUGCAACAGCAGCCACAGCCGCUGCAGCCGCUGCAGCAGCUUACAGCGAUGGUUAUGGCAGGGUGUACACAGCAGAUCCUUACCAUGCCCUUGCCCCUGCCGCUAGCUACGGAGUUGGCGCUGUGGCGAGUUUAUACCGAGGUGGCUACAGCCGAUUUGCCCCCUACUGAAGUGACGUGAGCCCCCUGCAAGUGGGACAGCCCCCCCAGUUCAUGAGGCCUGGCUAUUGCAAUAUUUACUAGUAGAGGAACUCUAUAGCAAGACGAGGAGGAAAAACAAAAAACAAAAGAGAAAAUACUUUUUUAUACCUCACUAUGUUCUUUGAAUAUGUAUUUUUUUUCCUUUAAAUUUCUGCCUUUAAUUCUUUUGUUCC